GUGGUUGAAUGGUGGCUGUGGGAAUCGUCGGUACAACGAGCAACAUGCGGCGCCGAUUACCGAUGGUCUCGGAACGGAAGCCGUCGGCGGCCGCAGCAGAUGUGCAAGGCAAUGCCGCCUGCGACAUGGCUGCAUCGCCCGGAGGAGGGCCGAUAUCAACUGGCGCAGUGCAUUGGUUGGACGUGGGCGAUUGCGCGACGGAUCGAUGUCGAGACAUUGGCACCCGCUGACAUUGAUUCGUCUCUUCUUCUUGCAGCAGGAGCCCAGCACGCCGACCAGCCCGGACCAGCCCGGACCGUAACCCGGAAGGCAGCAACAAUUAGCAUCCAGCAACGGCAAUUACCAUCCAGCAACGGCAAUUACCAUCCAGCAGCAAUUAACAACCAGCAGCACCAUCCGCAAUGCAAACCCUCGACGACUUGGUGGUGUUGGCCAUCAUGGACGACGCCGACGAGCCCCAUUCGCUGGCAUCGACCUGUCGCCGGUUCUGGCGGCUGUGGUCGUCGUCGCCGGCAACCAAAGUGCGGUUUCUGCUCAGGCGGUUCUCGCCGAUCGAAGCCAUCGAGCGGUCCAUCCAGGCAGCCGACAUCCGGAUACUGCAGCGCAUCCUGCCAAAGACAAUUCGGCGACCAACGCCGUCAAGCUCGCUGUGGCUGGCCCAUUUCCUGGUGGACCUGACUCGCAGCCGGGUUGCAGAAGGACCCGAUAGCGAAGGCAGUUGCCAGCAACCGGACUCGGCCAAGUCAACGAAGCAACCGGCCGCCCGCUGCACCAACCCGACCGACGUCGCUGUCAUGGCCCCUCAAAUGGGCCGAGCCGAGCCAUUGUGGUCGACAGGACCGGCUGCUCAGGCGGCCACAAGCAAGCGUUCUCACCAGGGCCAGCCGACGGAGCUCGAGAACCGCAUUCGCUUGCUGCUGCACCAUGGUGCCGACCUCAAUGCCGACAUGCGGCUGUAUCUCAAGUCGCUGCUGUUUGGUGACCCCUUGGGCGGCUCGCAUUUCGAGAUAGCCCGCCUGCUCGAACAGGCCCAGGGCCGACAUGUCGGUGCGGGCACAGCGGCCGUCUUCUUUGCAUCGCUGCGGGGCAUGCCUCGGGUCGUCGACGUCCUGGUUGCUGCGGGGGUGCAUCCUGUUGAGCCGCCUGCGACCCCUGGCCGCCGAGAGAUGCCCUGACCGCCGAGAUCAUGGUGCCCCGGCCAAUACUGUGGGGGGGGGAGUUGCGUGUCCUUGCAGCCCGCGCUGCAGGCGAUAUCCACUUGUCACUCUGUGGUCUAUGCUGCAAGUCGGUUUGACUGUGUCUGUCGCAAUACCAUGUCGCUCUGACAAGCAAAGCAGUGCAAAGGGAAUUGGAUCGGAUCGGAUUGGAUCGGAGUCGUCGAUGCUGGGCUGUGCUCGGGUCGGCAAUUUGUGCGGUUGGAGGCCAGCAAGCACCAACCAGAAUGGCCAGAUCGCCGAUGGUGACAAAGUACCAUCGGCGAGGACAAGUUCCGG